AUGACUAAUAGAGGAAACAAAGUAAAUACAUGGAUUGGUGAUCAUGUUUGAGAAAAGUUGGUCUGCAAGCUGUAUCCCAUUGUUCCUUCAGUUGUCCUUCUGCUCUAUAUUAUUAAGUGAAAUUAUAACUGAAGUUCUAUAAGUUGGUCUGCAGUGAAUGGCUUUGUGGACAAUGCAAGGUUGGUGGAGCUUUAUGAUGAAUGAGAUGGAGAGUGAGUGUGGUACCUGCUUGAUGGAUUCUUACUUUGCUUGCUGUAUGUGUUUGUGUAAGCUGGAGAACAUGGAUUAAUAAACAUGCUGUCUUUUAUUUUGUUGAGCAAUUAAUAUGUUGUCCGACUAGUGACUAUCUCUCCCUUGUGCUGAUUUACGUUGGAAGUUUCAGUGGGAAGUAAAAUUUUGUUUUGUGUUUGCUGCCAGAGCAACAUGAACUCCAUCAUCUUUAAUGGGAAUGCUGAACUACAGGUUCUUGUUGUUAUUAAGACCAAACAACUACUAUGUUUGUAAUGAAAUGACUAUGUGGCUGGUCAUCCAGAGGUAUGGUUCUGGAAUUACACUCCAACGUGAUUUUCUUAAUAAUGCGUCUUACCUCAAGACACGUGGGUUGUGUGGGUUUUCAGCUUUUCUUGAUUGAGGGCGACUACAGUCAGCUAAUAGAAGGGGCAGAAGAGAUGAUAGCCUGCUACAGCUGCAUUCUCCACUCUUUACUCGUCUUUCUUGCCUACCAUCUCCCUAACCCAAUGGUGCAGUCUCACCGGGCCAAAAAGUUUCCUUCUACAGACUCCAGCCACCUAAAUGGUGCUAGUUUUGGUGGCCCUGGUUGCAUGUCAAACGUGAAGAUACUAAGCAAAUCGAAGGAUAAUACUCAGGAUAUAAAUGUGGGAGCUGAUUUGGAAUGAUCCAGUGUGGACAUCAGUGGUCAGAGCAAGGUUGCAACUCAUGCUGACCUAAUUACAGUUUUGUGGGGAAGCAGCAGAGAAGGUACAGUCUAGAAUCCCUUCCAAAACUCUUGUUGCCGAGAUGGUUUAUUUCUUUCUGAUAAAGGGCAUAGACAUUAUCUGUCAGUUGAUGAGUUAUUGAUUUUGUGUUUCUUUUGCCACUGUAAGCAUCGAGACAGAGAACACGGAAUUAUGUAUGGGAAAACAGUUUGGAUCUAUUGAAUGAUGAUAGUAAUUCUUUGGUCUUCUAGGAGGUAAUGUCGAACUGUAUGCGUCCUUGUGGAGGAUACUCCGGCAUAUCAGUGGCCGGUUGUGGUUUUGUUGAGUGAAGGAAAUCUUUUGGGAAUACUUAUCUGCUGGAAUAUGAACGAUUAACUUAUUGGAUGUUGAGGAAAAACAUGGUCUUUCGGGAAAUUUGUUUAUUUGUUGUCUUCAGUAUGGUGAGUAUAUACCUAUUUGUUUUGCGUUAUCUAUUUCGUUGUUUUUCUGCACUGUCUUUUGCUGUGUUUACAAAACCGAAAAGGAUUUUCUGUCUCGCUGCGUCAUGGACAUUCUGUUGCAAUAGUAUCUCUGCACUUCGUAUAUGCAGUGAUGAAAAGCUACAAUGACUGGAAUACGUUCGGUGGUUGCUUUGCAUAACGUUAGGUCUUUUAUCACUGAAUUCCCUUGAAUUUCCUCAGAAUGUUGAUGCUUCAACUUCAUUGAGACUUCUGCAUGUUGUUGAAUUUGGAAGUCCUAUCUUUUCUGGUUAGCCCUUUCACUCUUGCACAAUCCUGAAAUAUCGUAGGGAAAGAUCAGGGAGUUUUCGGCUUUGUUCUAAAAUUAUGCUAACACCAAUGUUCCAGUUAAACGUAGUUGGGUGUGCUGCAGUUGAGUUUGGCUAAAAUCGGUAGUUCUGUAUAGAUAAGAGAAUAGGUGUUAUCAGGAGAAGUAGAAUAGUUUUGUGGGGCAUACUAAGUCUUAUAACUAAUGUCUUGCAUUAGUUAGCUAAGUCAUUUCUCUCUUUAAUGCUGAUCAAUAAUCCAAUCAGAAGGUAAUCUGACGAUUUUUGAGUGAGUAUGCAGUUUGUCUAUAUCUGCUUAUUUCCUUUCUCUGGGAACAACAUAGAAGUUGUUAAUUCUCUGUUGCACCCAGAUGGGUGCCUUUCCCUCUUGCCUCGUCUUCCCUUAAAAUUUAUGUGACGUUGGCUUGGCUUUAGUAGAUAAGUUAAGUCAUAAGUGGAUCAACAAGCUUGAUCGAGGGACUUCCAAAUUACACUCCAAAGUUAUUUUCUUUCUAAUGCGCCUAUUGUCUUACCCUAAUACUUGUGGGCUGUGGGGGUUUUCAGCUGUUCGGUGCCUGCAGUUGCUACAGCUGCCUGCUACAAUGACUGGAAUACGUUGGGUGGUUCCUUUGCAUAACGUUGCAUUUUCCU